UUUCUAAAGUGUUACUUUAAUAUCCAUUUUGUAGAAAUCAAAUUUUUUGGGAAUAAAAUUAUUCUUUAAAUUGAAAUGUGCUUAUUUUCGAAGAGAGGAUGACACCAGCCUUGAAAGAAAUUCCUUCAAAGGAUAAGAAUUUCUAGUUUACCUUUUCUUAAACAGAUUAUUUUCAUAAACAGAACAUGUUCUCAUGUCAGUAGCUCCAGCUAGAAAGUAAGAUGCUUGGGAGGAGUUCUAAGUGAUUUAGGUUUCUGGACGUGGCUGUCAGCAUGUCCUUUCCUAAGGCGCCGCUGAAAAGAUUCAAUGACCCUUCCGGUUGUGCUCCAUCUCCAGGCGCUUAUGAUGUUAACACAUCAGAGGUGUCUAAAGGACCAGUAUCCUUUCAGAAAUCACGAAGAUUUAAAAAACAAAAAGAAUCUCAACAAAAUCUUAAUGUUGACAAAGAUACUACCUUGCCUGGUUCAGCUAAGAAAGCUAAGGCUUUGGAGUUAAAGAGGGAAUCUCAGAAGAAUGAUACAGAUUUGAAGAGAUUAGAAAAAGAGAUUCGUGCCGUUGUGCAGGAGCGUGGUGCUCAGGAUAAGUGAAUCCAGAGUAUAGAAACUGAGUUAGAGAAGAUGGAAGCCAAGUUAAGUGUUGCAGUGAGGGAAAAAACAUCCCUCUCUGCAAAUAAUGCUUCACUGGAGAAACAACUUAUUGAAUUAACCAGGACUAAUGAACUACUAAAAUCUAAGUUUUCUGAAGAUGGUAGCCAGAAGAAUAUGAGAAUUCUAAGCCUGGAAUUGAUGAAACUUAAAAACAAAAGAGAAACAAAAAUGAGGAGUAUGAUGGCAAAGCAAGAGAGCAUGGAGAUAAAGCCGCAGGUCACUCAGAGGAAUUUCCAAGAGUCUCAGGGGAAGAUAGCAGAACUUGAGGGGAAACUUGUUUCAAUAGAGAAAGAAAAGAGUGACGAAAAGUCUGAAACAGAAAAGCUCUUAGAAUAUAUUGAAGAAAUUCAUUGUGAAUCAGAUCAAGUGGAAAAAUAUAAGCUAGAUAUUGCUCAUUUAGAAGAAAAUUUGAAAAAGAAGAAUCAAGAAAUUUUAAGCCUUAAACAAACUUUUGAGGAAAAUGUUGUUAUGUUCUCUAAACAAGUAGAAGACCUGAAUGCUAAAUGUCAGCUGCUUGGAACAGAAAAAGAAGACCUUGUCAACAAGAAUAGAGAAAGGGAUGAAAAUAUAAAUGCCGAGAUGCAAAGCUUAAAAGAGAACCUUAUUCUUGAAAAACAAGAACAUGAAAGACUACAACAAAAAGAAUUGCAAAUUGAGUCACUUUGCCAUCAAGAGAAGGAAUUAUGUUCUACUCUUCAGCAGAAGCUAUGUUCUUUUCAAGAGGAAAUGAUUAAAGAGAGGAAUCUCUGUGCAGAAGAAUUGAAGCUAGCACUGGAAGAACUAGAUAUAGUACAGCAGAAGGAGAAGCAGUCUGAAAAGCUUGUCAUGCAGCUGGAAGAGGAAACAAAAGCUACAGCUGAUACACUAAGCCUCCUAGAACAACAGCUGAAAGAGAAAGAAUCUGAACUGGAUAAGAGUCAUACUGUUCACAUUCAGGCUACCCUGAUUUUGCAGGAAAAGUAUAAUAGUACAGUGAAAAACCUUGGAGAUGUUACUGCUAAAUUUGAAAGCUAUAAAGCAUUAAUAACUAGUGAAAUAGAUGAUUUCAAGCUGGAGAAUGCAUCACUACAGGAAAAAGUGGCCAAAGCUGAAAAAAACACAGAGGAUGUUCAACAUCAAAUAUCAAAAACUGAGAGCACAAAUCAAGAAUAUGAGAGGAUGCUUCAAGAUCUGCAGAACAAGUCAGUAUUGAAAGAAGCAGAAAUUAAAGAAAUCACAGUUUCUUCUCUUAAAAAAAUAACUGAUUUGCAGAACCAACUCAAACAACAAGAUGAAGACUUUAGGAGACAAGAAGAAGAAGGAGAAGGAGAAGGAGAAGAAAGAAAAGCUGAGAAAGAAAAUAUAGUGGCAGAAUUAACUGAAGAAGUUAAUAAAUGGCAUCUCCUUUAUGAAGAACUAUAUAAUAAAACAAAACCCUUUCAGCAACAACUAGAUGCCUUUGAAACAGAGAAACUGGCCUUGUUGAAUGAACAUGGUGCAACUCAGGAACAACUAAAAAGAGAUACAUAUGCUGAAUUAUUGGGUCAUCAAAAUCUCAAGCAAAAAAUCAAGCAUGUUGUGAAAUUGAAAGAUGAAAAUAGCCAAUUCAAAUCGAUAGUCAGUAUUCUAGUGGAUGAAAUAGAGGCUGCAGAGACCUUGCUUCUGGUUGGACCAGGGUUCUGUGAAAGAGAAGAAUAA